GAUUCUCUCUAAUUUCCUCUGCCCUCUCCGAGCGUCUUUCCCCUUCCCCAAUCUCGUCCAACAAUCGCACGUUUUUUUCUCUUUUUAUCAGAAAGAGAUAACAGAAAAUCACUAAACUCAGAAGGGAGGACUGGCAUUUACAUUUUUUGGGUGCCAUUUUCAUUUUCUUAUUUUAACGCUUUUCUUCUCUUUGAUUCUUCUGUUGCAGGAAAAUCCAAUCCCAUCCCAUCCGUCCAUUCAUGAAAUCCUCCUCGCACAAGCACCCCAGGAAUUCCUCUUCAUCCGCAGUUCGCAGUCGCCGUCAGAAAAACAAAUCCAAGAAACACCGCCGCCGCGAUGUUUCAAUCUCCUGCUCAGACUCUGAUCCGAGAAGUGAUUCAUCCCUAUCAAUCUCGUCUUCCAACUCCAAAGACGGUUUUAGGAGUAGAAAAACGAUGAGGGCUCGAGAUACUGCCAAGAGGACUACAAAGAGGGCUCGGCGCUCCUCCUCCAGCAGCAGCAGUGAAGGUAGAGCUUUGGCGCAUCGGCGCCACCACCGCCACCGUAAUAAAAGUAGGAGUGAGUCAAAACAGAGUGCUGGAUCGGAUAAAAGGAAGCGGUCCCUUAAAAAGAAGAGAGUGAAGGCACGCUCCCCUAGCAGUGAGUCACACCGGAGCUGCUCAACUUGCUGGGAUUCAAGCAGCAGCGGGGAUAGUGAGAUUGAAAGGUCGAGGAGAUCAGGUGGGGGGAAAUUCAGUACUCGGGGUAGGUCCCACCAGCAGGAAAGGACUCGGAGAAGAAGGCACCGGUCACGGAGCUGUUUGUCGUUGUCGUGCAGCGGACGCAGCAGCAGAAGCCGUGGACGGAGUAAGGAAAGAUUGAUAGAGGAGAGCUUUCCGAGACGUCUUGGGUCAGUCAUCACGGUUGUUAAAGAUUUGAUGGAGAGGGAUGACGAGAACAAAGCUGAAAUAAUCCCAGCUUACGAUGAUUGUCCUUCUUCUAGAAGCAAUGAUAGUUAUGAAGGGGUCAGGAAGAGGGAAAUCGGAUCCCAACUUCCUGAUCAAAACAGCCAGCACGCGCUGGAGAAGAAGAGACGGGUAGACGAGAAGGACGAGUAUGAUAAUGACUUUGGCAGGGCCCAACCUGGUUGGAAUGAUCCUCCUUUGAUGGAGAAGAAGAAUGAGGUUUCUGUUGAUGUCGGUAGUUCAGAGAUUGAGGAUUUGGAAUCCCUCUUAAGGCAGAAAGCAUUGGAAAAUUUCAAAAGGUUUCGUAGUUCAAGCUCGAAAUCUCUUGGCAAUCAGAAAGAUGGGAGUGGGGUUUCGAAGCAAUUGACAGCGAAAGGUGAAUCUACCCAAUCGGGAGAUGCCAAAAUCGUUGGUUUACCAUUGAAUGGGAAAUCCGCAAUUGAUCUAGAAAACUGUGGACGCGAUCAUGAUGGACAUGAGUCUAAGUCUAAAUCAGCCCUUAAUCCAUUACCAGGUGGUGAAUCUGUUGGUAUCAAUAAUAAAUCCAUACAAGGUACUUUGACAUUCAGGCCCGACUCUUCUCGUGAUCGCUCCAUUCAUCGUCGUAUGCACCUAGGAAAAUCAGAGCAGGUUGCCAAUGAUGCCAUUGGUGCUGCUGCCCGUUUGAAUGAAAACCAACAUAUUGAGAAGGAAGAGCUCACGUUAGGUGGAUCUACUGAAAAGCUGUCCGAGCAAUCAUUUGGGACCAAAAAUAUCCCAGAUAAGAAAGUUGGUGAAAUCCCCAAAGCUGCUGCUGCUUUCGUGAGUAGGAGUAUGCAUGGUGUGGAAGUCAAAAAAGGCGAUGGGUCUGGUCCCACGGCCUCUUCUUGCCUUGAUCCCGUGGCAAGAGACUGUGCCUCAUCUGAACCGAAGGCUGAAGAAAUUAAAGGUGGCUCGCAAUAUGAGCAAAAGACAAUGUCUGUGAUGCGUGGCGGAGAAAUGGUGCAGGUGAGCUACAAAGUUUACAUACCGAAGAAAGCCCCAGCCUUGGCAAGGAGGCAAUUGCAACGGUGAAGUAUCUUAUAAUUCUGGUUCUUAUGCAUGACAGGAUAGUGGGUAAAUAUGUGAGCUUCGUAAAAGUCACAUCAAUCAGCCCUCUCUAAAGUGCUACCUUUGUUGGGUAAAAUUGUGAAUGUUGGAAAAACCAUAUCAUUUUGCCCCCACCCCUCCUUUUCAAGGUGUUACCUUUGAUAGAAAGCUUAAAAGGACUAUAGAAACAUUUUCUAGUAUUAAAUCCAAAACCAGUGAUCUACUACCCACGAAAUCUUUUAUUUUCAGGUCAUGACUCUAAAAUAAUAGCUACUUUUGAUAAGAACAUCAUCUAGUUUCAACCCUUGUUGCUUUAGUGUUUGUACUUAAUAUUAUUUCAGUGAACAAUUA